AACUCGUUCUCUCCUUUCAGUCACAUAGCAAGCGAUCACCUAUUUGCUGAAAAAGCUAUUCCCGCCCCCUUUACGGUUCUUUUCCCUUCUGUCUCCCCUUUAAUCUAUGCAACAUGAAUUCCAGCUAGCCGACUACUAUGCUAACUGCAUACACCAAGGGCAAGGAAAUUCCUUUGCAAUAAACAAUAGCUGUCUUCCACCCCUUUGGCUGCAACUAGGCAAGGUCAGUCCCGCUGCGGCAGCAGCUACAGCGACUGGAAAAGACCCCCGCCUCCAGCUCUACUAUGCGUGCAGAACUCAGCAGCUGUACAUCAGGAAGAGCCGGCCAACCCCAUCAGCGCUAUUGAACUCAACCCAAAGGAGCUGUCCAACUCUAUCGUGGUGCUGAACCGAGCUAGAGCAACACAGCUGGGAAAGCUGUCUAUCCGCGCCGCGGUGCUGAACUCAGCAACAUCAGCUCAGCAAGAAGCUGUCCAUCCUGCCGUGGUGCUGAAAGCUGACUCCUCUCCGACAUCUUUCCAGCUGCAAGAACAGCAGCAGGAAGAGACAGAGGCUACUGUGGAACAUGGAGGGAAAGGGCUCCCGGAAGAGCAGCAAUAAGGCUGACUGCACCCCGCUGUAUCUGCGCUGAUCGGUUCCAUCCCAGCCCGCUCUCGCUGUUUUGACACAAAGCCACCCGCAGCCAUGGAAGAGGAGCUGAAAUGUCCCGUGUGCGGCUCGCUGUUCCGGGAGCCCAUCAUCUUGCCCUGCUCGCACAAUGUCUGCCUGCCUUGCGCCCGAACCAUCGCCGUGCAGACCCCGGAGACCGAGCAGCACCUGCCCGCCAUGCUGCACCCUCGGGGCCCUGCGGCAGCGCCGGGGCCCGGAACCGGAGCCUCCGGACCAGCCUCUCUCGACUACGACUGCGGGGCCGGAGGGGGAAGCGGAGCAGGCGGAGGGGGCGGCGGAGGCGGCGUGGAUCAUGCGGACAAGCUGAGCCUGCACAGCGAGACCGACAGCGGCUACGGCUCCUACACCCCGAGCCUUAAGUCUCCCAACGGGGUGCGGGUUCUGCCCCUGGUACCACCUCCUCCGGGCUGCUCCUCGGCGGCGGCAGCCCCUCGGGGUGGAGGCACCAGCUCCUCGCUGACCUGCCCGCAAUGCCAUCGCAGCGCCUCGCUGGACCAUCGCGGCCUACGCGGCUUCCAGCGCAACCGGCUCCUGGAGGCCAUCGUGCAGCGCUACCAGCAGGGCCGGGCCGCCGCCUCGGCAGCCGCCAAGUGCCAGCUGUGCGACCGCAGCCCCCCCGAGCCGGCCGCCGUUAUGUGCGAGCAAUGCGAGGUGCUCUACUGCGCCUCUUGCCAGGUCAAGUGUCACCCGUCCCGGGGGCCCUUUGCCAAGCACCGCUUGGUCCCUCCGCCCAGCCAACAGGGAGCCCCGAGCGGAGCGAGCGGCGGGGCAGCUAGUGGCGGCGUUGGCAGCAAAGCGCCCGGGGCUGCCCGCAAGCCCCCGACCUGCGCGGAUCACGAGCUGGAGAACUACAGCAUGUACUGCGUGACCUGCCGGACUCCCGUCUGCUACCAGUGCCUGGAAGAAGGCAAGCACGCCAAGCACGAGGUGAAGGCCUUGGGGGCCAUGUGGAAGCAGCACAAGGCACAACUGUCUCAGGCUUUAAAUGGCAUUUCAGAUAAAGCAAAGGAAGCAAAGGAAUUUCUGGUUCAGCUGAAAAAUAUACUACAGCAGAUACAGGAAAAUGGCUUGGACUAUGAAGCCUGUCUGGUGGCUCAGUGUGAUGCCUUGGUUGAUGCUUUGACUCGUCAGAAGGCAAAACUGCUCACAAAAGUUACCAAAGAGCGUGAACACAAGUUAAAGGUUGUUUGGGACCAGAUAAACCACUGUACUCUGAAGCUGCGCCAGUCUACAGGGCUUAUGGAAUAUUGUCUUGGUAUCAAAGAAAAUGACCCUUCUGGGUUUUUACAGAUUUCAGAUGCUUUAAUCAAACGUGUUCAAGUGUCUCAGGAGCAGUGGGUCAAAGGAGCUCUGGAACCCAAAGUAUCUGCUGAAUUUGAUCUCACUCUGGAUAGCGAGCCAUUGUUGCAGUCAAUUCAUCAGCUGGACUUCAUUCAGAUGAAAUGUAGGGUGCCGCCAGUCCCACUCCUGCAGCUGGAGAAGUGCUGCACUCGAAACAACAGUGUGACCCUCGCCUGGAGGAUGCCACCUUUUAGCCAUAACCCAGUGGAGGGUUACAUCUUGGAACUCGAUGACGGAGACGGUGGCCAAUUCCGAGAAGUGUAUGUUGGUAAGGAGACCCUAUGCACUAUUGAUGGCCUUCAUUUCAACAGUACAUACAAUGCAAGAGUCAAAGCCUUUAAUUCAUCAGGAGUGGGCCCUUAUAGCAAGACUGUUGUUUUACAGACUUCUGAUGUGGCCUGGUUUACAUUUGAUCCCUCUUCAGCCCAUCGGGACAUAGUCCUUUCAAACGACAACCAGACUGCUACUUGCAGUAGCUAUGAUGACCGUGUCAUCCUGGGCACAGCAGCUUUCUCAAAGGGAAUUCACUAUUGGGAACUGCAUGUAGACCGUUACGAUAACCAUCCAGAUCCAGCCUUUGGAAUUGCUAGAAUCAACGUUGUCAAGGACAUGAUGCUAGGAAAGGAUGACAAGGCAUGGGCUAUGUAUGUUGACAACAACCGCAGCUGGUUCAUGCACUGCAAUUCUCACACCAAUCGAACAGAAGGGGGUGUUUCUAAAGGCGCAACUGUAGGUGUUCUUCUGGACCUCAACAAGCACACCCUGACCUUUUACAUAAACGGGCAACAGCAGGGACCUCCAGCAUUUGAAAAUGUGGAGGGCGUCUUCAUGCCUGCAUUAAGCCUCAACCGAAAACGUGCAGGUGACUCUGCACACAGGACUUGAGGUACCUCAGACUGUCAGACCACCAAAGCUGCCGAGCAACUGAGCUCCUCUUACGUAAAUCUGAGCUGGAUUUUAUAAUCUUUUCUAAAUAGAUUUUGGCAUAAAUAUAUACAAAGCAUUCGUCAUUUAGAUCAAAAUCAGAAUUGGUUAUUAGAGUUAGUAACCUAACGCUGUUUUUUUUGUCUACAUGCAUUUCAAAAUGUUACAACCUUCUGAGAGUGCUUGCAUCACCAAAUUUCCUGUGCAUUAGCAGUGCGUGAAACCUGAUUGGUCUGCCCAUCUAAAAUCAAUCACAUAAGUGGAUUUUUUUUAAAUAUCAAAAAAUGCCUCAUUUUCCUUUUCAUCCAUUUUUCCUAUAGCCACUCAUGUGGCACGUGCCAGAGAAAGUGAAAAGUACUUUAUCGCCAUGGAUUAGACUGGG